AUGAGCUUCUCAUCGAUUUUUGUAAUCUUUUUGGCCUCGGCUGUUUUCACCGUGAACCCUAAUUUGAUUGGCUGGCAACAGUCGAUCGCGGUCUCUGGACGGCUGAUUUGUGAGGGAAGCCCCGCGCAGGGCGUUCUCCUGAAGCUCUACGACGAGAACUUGCGUGAGUUUGAAGAGGCAGUUGUGAAUAUAUGAUAUUUUAUUAGUUAUCGACACCCUGCUCGCCGAAAGUUACACCAACAGGAAUGGGGAAUUCGCGAUGGACGGCCAUCGCCGGGAAAUCAGCGACGUCGACCCGAAACUCAACAUUUAUCAUAGGUGCAACUACUAUGGGGUUAGUGAAACUUGUCAAAGAAACAUUAGAAAGACCUGACAAGGAAGGUCAUUUUACUACUUCCUGAAAAUCGGCCAGAUCAAUCCUUGAUGUACCAGAUCAAGAUUCUAGAAGUAUCAAGAAAAGACGCUUGAUUUUUAGGAUUUUCUUUGACUUUGAGGCCGGAAAAGCUUUCAAAGAAGGUUCAGACUACAGAUUUUUCAAAAAUUCCGAAACAGGAAAGUUUUAUCAGAAGAAGUUUCGAAGUCAAAGAAAAUCCUAGAAAUCCUUUAGAAUUGCGACUUGGAGCUCUUAUUUUGCAAUAACUAGGAAUUUGUGCAACUUGAGACUUUCAGAAUCUUUUUCUGGUACAUCAAGAAGUUCUUGGACCAAAUUUCCAGAAACCGGAAAGUGAAAUGACCUUCUUGGAAAGCCCUUUAGUUUCAAGAGAUAGGAAAAUUCAGAAAGCUUCCAGAAACCAAAGAAAGUUUCAAACAGUUUCAAUAGGACAAAGAAAAAUAAAAUCGAGUUCCUCGAAAAAAGUUCAGUGAAGUUUAAAUUGAUGAUUCUUCUGCUUUGCCUCCUUUCCGAAGUUUCAGCAAUCUCUAAUCUGAACCUCUUUGAACAUUUUCCUUUUUACUUCAGCUGAAAUCAGAGCCUUCUAGGCUGACAACUUGUCUUACAAGCUUAAAAAUUGAAAAAGUCUCUAGAUGAAAAAAAUAACUAGGUUCAAGUGAAGCUUGGGAAAGAAUAGAUUCUGAAGCCCUCUAGUUUGAAAAGAUAGGAAAAUUCAGAAGCUUCUAGAAAACACAGAAAAUUUUGACAGUUUCAAAGGGACAAAGAAAAAUGAAUUCAGACAUCGCAACGUGUGGGAAAAUUCAAAAGCCGACAAUUCUUCUAAUAAAACUUCGCUCAAUGUUUCCGAAUUUUCGAAAAAUAUGUAGUUUGAACCUUCUUCGAAAGCAUUUCCGGUACCAUUUUUCUAUUUUCAGCUGAAAUUUGAGAGUCUGAGGACUUGAAGUUUGUCUAAGAACCUUGGGGACACUUGGGAAAGCUCGAAAAAUCUUCAGAUAAAAAUUAUUAGGUUUUUUUAUGAGUUAAUGAAGUCCGGACGCUUAGAGAUGAAGAAAAAAAAAUUUAUUCAAGGCUACUGGGAAGAUUUUUAGUGACCAGUUUAGGAAUUCGAUGCUUAAGGGGCCACUAUAGUAGUCGAACUAGUGGCCACUCUAGUGACAAAAACUUGAUGGUCUCUUUAGAAGCCUAAGUGAUACUACUGGACUGUUGAAAACUACUAUAGUGGCCAAUAAGGCGCAAAACAGUGGCUUCUAUAGAGAUGGUGUUUGUGGCCACUUUAGUGAAAAGAACUUGAUGGUCUCUUUGGAAGCCUAAAUGAUACUAUUAGACCAUUAAAAACUACUAUAGUGGCCACUAAGACGCAAAAUAGUGGUCACUUUAGUGUCCUAGUCCUUGAAAAACCUCUUAAGUGGCUACCCACUACAAACUUAAAAAAAAGAAACGGAAGAAUUUCAGCCGUGCUCGAGAAAGAUUGCGAUCCGGAUCCCGCAUAGCUACCUCUCGGACGGCAAAACUCCCAGCCGCGUUUACGACGUCGGAACGAUCAACCUCGGGAAUCGAUUCAACGGCGACACCAUCGAUUGCAUACAUUAA